AUGUCAACCUUCUUCAGGAUGCUGUGUAACAAUUUGCGAUCUAAAUUUUCGGUCUCUGUGACCGGGCCAUCUCCUGAAGGCAGCCUACUUACUGUCAGACCAGAGAUCACCGUUAAUCGAAGACACCAUUCUGAGGACUCUAAAACACAGAGGAAGAAGGGAAAGACACCAGCAGGUAAACUGGAUGACAAAGUGGAAACAGCCACUCAGGAAUAUAUCCAUCCUAACCAAGAGAAGGAACCGUUAGAAAGAUUUCCUAAUGACGUUAACCCGAAAACUGGUGAAAUCGGUGGCCCUAGAGGUCCCGAACCAACGCGAUAUGGAGACUGGGAGAGAAAGGGCAGAGUGACAGACUUUUGA